UUCAAUUUUACACAGUAACCUCUGAAAAUGACAUCUCCUGUUUUGAGCAACUGUAAACUUCAAAAACAUUUACUUUAAAACGAGAGUGCGCCCGAAAAUGUCUAAGAAUCCACUUCGAUCGUUCAUACAACCUGUAAUUCUUCGCCGCCUGUGUGAUAAGCCCAAGUUGAGCAACAAGCCCUCGAACACCCCUCGCCCACCGAAGGAUCCACCGGAUGAGGGCUACAAGCCGACCAGUGUCGACCACAAUGGGAUCGAUGUGCCGCCGUUUGUGAGACCCUCUUCCUUCCGCCAGUUCAGUGGACCGGAUGAGAAGCUGGGACCAGGAGCAGGCAAGGCGCUGCCCUACAAAAACCCAACUUACUUUGGCUAUCAUCGGUUCUCGUUUAUGGAACUCACGUCCACAGCUGUGGAGUUACGAGACGAACGUCGAUUGGACGGAGGACUACAGGCAGCCAUCGAAGCCGACGAAGAAACCGAGUGUGGCGAGGCCCAACUGGAGACCAUGAAGAAGCUGGAAGGCGAGUGCGAUGCGAUACUCUCCAACCAAGCCAAGAAAAUCCAGCAGGCCGAGGAGAAGUGUCUUCAGGAGAUGAGCGAGGAGGAGCUGAAGGAGUGGUGCAAGAAAAAGGAGGAGGACAUCAAAAAGAAGGAGCAGGAAAAGAAGGAGGCCAAUUCCUCGCCCAAGGAGAAGAAAAUUCAGGACAUGAGCGAGGAGGAACUGAAAGCUUGGUGCCAGAAGAAGGAAGAGGACAUUAAAAAGAAGGAGCAGGAAAAGGAGAAGAAAAUCCAGGACAUGAGCGAGGAAGAACUGAAAGCUUGGUGUCAGAAGAAAGAGGAGGACAUCAAAAAGAAGGAACAACAAAAGAAGGACGAAGAAACGAAGGCUUGUGCGGAAAAACCAAAGUGUGAAGGCGAUGAAAACAAAAAGGAUUAAAGAAAGCAGACUACGACACUUUGGAAAAUGUACAAUAUUGUUCAAAAAUGUACGUUAUUUGGUAGCUUAAUAAAUGAGUUGCAGUUUAAUUCCAGUAUUUUUUGUGUGUAGAGCUUUGAAAAUGCUCUCUCGGUAUAUAUUGGUAUAUACUCGCGGCAUAUAAGCGGUCACACCAUCGAAACUUCUCUCCCAACGAAUUGAAAUCAGUUGUUCGGUGUGCGUGUGUGGAAAAAGUUCGAGUUCGCUGAGAGAAGCGUGAGAAUCCGAUAUCGAAACUACGUAUUUUGAGUCAUUAUACCGAUUGGCUAUGCAAAUUUAAUUGCGGAUCUCCCAAAUCAUCGAAAA